GUUGCUUACAGGCGAUUCACGACAUGGGUGCUUAUUCAAUUUCCUGAGUCAUGGCCUUGUCGAUUUCAAUUUUAUCUCGGAAACCUAUUUAUAGGAAAUAGGUAACCAACAAGAGAUGCUCCUGAUCGACGAUGACGACUUUUUCAAUUAAUUGAUCGGAAAACCGAUCUAUAGUUCACAGGAUUUUCUCGGAAAACCGUUCUCCGGCCGAUUCUUCUUCUUCUCUUCCUACUAGAGACUUCUCUCCAUAUAAGCGCAUAUAUUAUAUUAUAUAUCUUUGGGUGUAUAAUAUAUAUAUAUAUAUAUAUAUAUAUGCCGUUGUUUUAGCAAGGCAGAAACCGAUCACAGGACAGAGGAGCGAAGAAAAUACCAAACCUUCAAAAUCAGCUAUGCAGACCCAACGUUGCCUGACCGAGGCGGCCGAGCGCGCGGCGGCGAAGCCGAGCCGGAGCGACGAGGUGGUGGACGCCGAGCAGCAGCUCCGGAUGGCCGAUCAGGUCAGGGCGCAGUUCGACUCCAUCGCCCCCAAGCGCCCUGCCAAGCCGAGCCGUAGCGAAUCGGACUCGGAGCAGGUCACCUCCGACGUGGGCGGCGGGGACAUUCCGGAGCUCGACAAGCUCCGAUCUCUCCAGUCUCAAUCUCAGAUCGCAAUCUCUAAAGUGGGAGAGGGGGCUCCGGUGAUCGCGGACGAGUUCGUGGAGACACAGUACUACACGGAGCUCUGCUCGAUCGACAGGCAGCAUCACACGACGGGAAAUGGAUUCAUAAAUGUGGAGAGAGGAGGAGACGAGGCCAGGUAUGGUAUCCAGUUGGAAAGAGGCCAUGACGGGGGUGGAGUGUAUCGCCGACCGGAAUUAAGAAGCAACCCUGCAAUGAAUGACUGGGUCCCGAUCCCCGAAGAAGAUCAUCAUCAGGUUUAUGUCUCCUCGAAGCCGAAUCGGAGUGAGGGAUCUAAUUAGUUUUUCGACUUUCCUUGUUGCUAUCCUUUUGCAUUAUCGCAUCUUGACUUUGAUGGGAGUCUGGUGGAGGAUUGAGUCAUUGAUCAAGAUUGGUAAAUUAAUCACUCACUGAUGUCCGUGAUCAGUCAUGUUUUUACUAUCUGUAAUUCAAGAUAAAUGAACAACAUGGACAUCAUAUAUUUUCCUCACC